CCGGGCACACGCAGAUCACACAUCUCCAUACACCGCAACCAUGCAUGGUUUGUAGAACCAAAUUAAUCAUCCCCCGUAUCCUCAGCAUUCAUUCACAGCCAUGGCCUAGCUACAUAUAUUUCCUCAAGAUUUUGGUAUAAAUCAUCCCAUCCUCAAUAUUCUUUCGCAACCAUGGCCUAGCUAGCUACAUAUAUAUAUUGCCCAGAAUUUUUAGUCUAAAACAUCCCCCUCAUCCUCUACAUUUUGCCACAACCAUGGCCUAGCUACAUAUAAUGUCGAUGAAUUUCUAGUUUUGAAUCUGUUAGAGAGUUUGCUGUGUGUGAUCAAGGAGGACAGCCAACCAUGGAACUGGACAUGUAUAACAUGGUGGUGCAGGCGAAUGGCAGCGUCACGUACCAGCUGACCGACCCGACGACGUGGGGCGCGUGGGCGCACGAGGGGCACCGGCUGUGGGCGUCCAUGUCGGAGGACUUCUGGCUGUACGAGUACAAGGUGCGGCGGUGCCCGCAGCCGUACAGCCACGACUGGACGGCGUGCCCCUACGCGCACAAGGGCGAGCGCGCACGGCGCCGCGACCCGCGCCGCUUCAGCUACGCCGCCGUCUCCUGCCCGGAGUACCGCGCCAACGCGCACGCGCACGCGCAGCUCGGGCUCGCCGGCGCCGGGCACCCGCCGCCGACCUGCGCGCGCGGGCUCAGGUGCCGCUACGCGCACGGCGUCUUCGAGCUGUGGUUGCACCCGUCCCGGUUCCGCACGCGCCCGUGCGAGGCCGGCACGCGCUGCCAGCGCCGGAUCUGCUUCUUCGCGCACUUCCCCCACGAGUUCAGGGGCGAGGACCACGUCGCCGCCAUUGCCGCCAUGCCGCGGACGCCGUCCUCGACCUUCGCCGUGCUGCGGACGCCGCCCCGCAUCCUCCAGCGUGCUCCAUCCAAUCCCGCGACGACGCAUCCAGCACCGCCGUUGUUCGACGACAUCACCCUGCGGGCCACUCCAAACAGGCUUCGCAUGCUGAGCCUGCACUCCGCCAUCACCGGGGACGAUGUUUUCUCCUCCCCAACCGCCACCGCCGCCGCCGUCGUCACUGCUGCGACCACCAUGCCGACCCUAAGGGUGUCCUUACCGGCGUACGAGAACAAGGACGACGAUAAAUCUGUCCACUAUGCGGACGACGAAGACUCCCUGUUGAACGACUACCCGCACCGAGAUCUCAUCAUGGACUUUAUGCGCUAGAUAUCCGAGGUAUGGCAAUGAAUAAAUCUCCGACGGUCACUGCGGGAGCGCGUGCAUGCGCGCAUGUUGUGUCUGCAUGUGCAUGAUUCAUAUUAUUACUACAUAUUUGUAAUUUGCAUGUCGUCCAUGGUCGCCAAGUGGCGGUGGUCAGUCAUGAGGAACGUGCUUAUAUGUGUAUAGUUUUUCUGGUCAUAUACUCCAUGUGAAGAUAUAUAUCUGACGAAGACGUGCAAUGUCAUCAUUAAUCAUUGUUAUUUUUAUUA